UCGAAGAAUAAAAGUGAAAUCUUAAGUGGUUCUCCCGGGCGGAAAUAGUAAUACACUAUUUGUUUUGGAACCGCGUCAGAUCUUGGGCUAAUACAGGUGCUAGCUGUCAGAAAAAAAUUGUACCGAUGAUAAUUAUCUAAUUACGCCGAUUUGUUGUAGAAUUGCUCAUAAAAGCCAUUAGUUCAAUUGUUAAACGAUGGAAAAGCAACCGCUAACUACAGGGAACGAUAAACCUCCGUCUUACGCAGCAGCCACUGCGCCAAUAACUAAUUCUUCAUGGCAACCACAUCCAGGUUACAAUGCAACACAAUGCGCAGGGUCUACUUCAUGGCCUCCACCUGCAGGGUACUAUCCUAGCGCAAGUGGAACUAAUAAUCACAAUUAUGUACCUUCCUAUGGUUCUACACAAUCAACCACUAUACUUAUGCCAGAAAUAAUUUUAGUUGGAGGAUGUCCUGCAUGCAGAGUGGGUGUAAUGGAAGAUGAUUUUACAUGUCUGGGACUACUAUGUGCAAUCCUGUUCUUCCCAUUAGGGAUAAUAUGCUGCUUACUAUUAAAAACUCGACGUUGUUCUAAUUGUGGUGCCUAUUUUGGUUAAUGUGUUACAUAUUACAGUCUUAAUUCUUAUGCAAUUAUUGUGUAGAUAUGGAGGUAUAUGAGCAAACCGUGGAAUUAGUGGUUAAUUAUUUAACCAAAAAAUUAAUUUUUUACUAGUACUGUGCAUCCACGUAAUUAUAUAUUUAAACUAACAUUAUAAGGAGAAGUAGUGUUCCAAUGAUCAGGGAUGUGUACAAUAAUUGGUAACUUAGUUAAUUGUGGGAAACACAAGUUUGUAAAAUAUUGACAUACAAUUAAGGGGUUCCUCUACACAUUUAAGACUUUGUUGAUUUAAGACAAUUUAAGUGGAGCUUGCGCUAUUUUGUAAACUUUAUGCAGAGGGUUCUGAUUAAUACUGUUGCAUUUUAUUAUAACAUAUGUUAGUUUAUUACCAUAAUGAAUAAUGAAAGAGUUUAUAUCUGUAUCUAUUUAUAUAAUUGCAUAUUUCAAAAUGUAGAUAUACCAUAGUUUAUAGGUAUGUAUAUUCUUAUCAGGCGAUAAGAGAAGCAAUGGAUACUGUGAAAUAGUUCUAUACCAUGUACUUAGAAUAUGUUUCUAAUGACAAAAAAGCUAUCUCAAACAGAUUUCAUUGAAAUUCCUCUAGUAUCUACAUAGAAUUAACAUACAAAGUAUUUUAAAAUACUUUUUAAAAUAGCUUAUCAAAGCUUAUAUAUUUUAUGAAAAAUAAAUUCAAUGAAGUUUGUGCCUUAUGUCGCUGUAAAACAGUUUCCUGAUGCAAAAUUAUACAUAAUAUGUUUCCAAAAAUACGUUUGAAUCUCAAAGGAAAUGUCAGCAAGUCUUUUUCCUAAAUGCAAUCAAUUUUAUAAAAGAUGUGUAAGUGUAUAAUGAAACUUAUUAAUCACUCGCAUUACAAUUUAUAUUUUUAAAAAUAAAACAGUAUUUAACUGUAUUGGAACCAUUUUAAGCUAUUAUAAAUAUCAUUUCUACUUGUUAGAUUGGUCCAGAUCUGACUUUCAAAGGAAGAUUUUCCUAAUAUUAUGCUGAUUAGAUUCAAACGAAAAGAAUAAUAUGCUCUGUUAUGCGAACCUACGUACUAGAACACUAAAUAUGUACCUGAAAAUAUGAAAUAUUUUUCUAAUAUUGAAAGCUAUUAAUGAUUCAUCUAUAAACAAACAUGUUUGGCUUGUCUAAAAACAUAUUUGUAUAAAAAAAUGAAGUUGUUAUUAGAUCACCAAAAAUAUUUGAUACGGGGAAUUAGCGGUAUUUAAAAAUUGUAGGCAGUGUAAACAUUGUGUAACUCACAUAAACAUACAUAUAUCCAUAGAUAAGUGUCGAGUAUUAUUCGUUAAACAGCAUAGUCAAUGCUCGAUUAUAAAUAAAUUAUUUUUAAAAAUUUAUUUUUUUCGUCAAACACAAAAACCAAUGUGUUUUACUAUUACAAAUUAUAAAUAGUGUUGUUGAUCAUUUAUAAGGAAUGUUUUUGUGAUUGAAGUUUGGUACUGAUUGAUGGUUGUAAUUUAAGAAAGUCUCAUCCCAAUGAUACUUGAUACCAUACACGUGAUACGUAAAUGAUACAUUCGCAAUCCCCGGCAUGCAUAUUCAUUUAUGCAUACACGACCCAAGUAUUUUGUUUUUGUCACAUUAUUGGAGUCUAUAUAAUCAUUAUCGAUCAUUGUAUCAUCUACAUGCGUCUUGAAGCAAACGUAAUCUCGUAAAAAUAUUACAAUCCAAUAAUUUUCAAUUUUUGUUCAUUUUCAUUACAUAAUCAGUAAUAAGCAAUUUUGAUUGAUUAGCACUGAAGAAUAUUUGCAACUGGCUCUAAGCAUCCAGUUUCUUCUCAGAAUAUUUGUAGUGCGUCAAAGUUUCUAGAAGAGAUUGAAUAUCAUUCAAUUACGUAUUAAGGAUAAAAAUUAUUGGUGAUUGCAUUUCCAUAUAUGUAACUUAUUAUUGGACGUAAUAAAAUUAUGUAAUAGAAUCCAGCUUAAAUAAUCCACCAAAUCACCAGCUAUUACCAUUACCGGUAACGAGCAUCAGUAGCUCGAAACAAUCUCGAUCUUUCUCAUCACCCUUAAAAAGAAAGAGAA